AUGCGUACCUACGACGAUUCUUUCAGCGGUCAGAAGAUCUACCCUGGAAAGGGUAAGCUGUACGUCCGUGGCGACAGCAAGAUCUUCCGCUUCCAAAAUGGAAAGUCCGAGUCCCUCUUCCUCCAGCGCAAGAACCCUCGCCGUAUCGCCUGGACUGUCCUCUACCGUCGCCAGCACAAGAAGGGUAUCUCUGAAGAAGUUGCCAAGAAGCGCACUCGCCGUGUCGUCAAGCACCAGCGUGCUAUCGUCGGUGCCUCCCUCGAUGUGAUCAAGGAGCGCCGUAGCAUGCGCCCCGAGGCUCGUGCCGCUGCCCGUCAACAGGCUAUCAAGGAGGCCAAGGAGAAGAAGGCCGCCACCGAGAGCCGCAAGAAGGCCGAGAAGGCUAAGAACGCCGCCGCUGCUGGCAAGGGUGCUGCUCAGCGCAUCCAGAGCAAGCAGGGUGCUAAGGGCUCCGCCCCCAAGGUCGCUGCCAAGUCUCGUUAA